CCAAGGUCAAAGUAUUAUAAGAUGGCGGCUUUUCUGGGUCUCGGAAAGACAAUGGUGUGAUAAUGGUAAAGCUGCUACAAAACAGGCGAUUGACGCCAUGAUUUAAGCAUUUAGGGAGAAAAUCGUAUUUAAAAUGUGUUUAAUUCAUUUGGAAUUUUAUUCUUAGCGUAAGUUGAUGGCUAAAUUUGGGGUAGUUUUGACUUUCUUAUACCUAGCACUUGCUGGAUUGGUCUACCCCAAACUUCGCAAAGCACCAUCAGUCUUGAUGUUUCUUUUCAAUGGACAUCGUUUAGAGUUAAGACCAUGUGCUAAUGCCUAGUGCAUUUUUGUCACUUUCAUCUUCGAUGGCAUCGAGAAGAACAAAUGUAUACAACACAAAAGGUAGCAAUGAGAAAUAUUGGACAGCAAUAUUUGAUUAUGAAGCCAAAAGAGAGGAUGAGUUGACGCUUAGGAAAGGUUGUCAGGUGGAGGUCCUGUCCUACGACUCUCACAUCUCUGGAGAUGAGGGGUGGUGGACUGGUCGUGUCGGCAACAGUGUCGGCAUUUUCCCCAGUAACUUUGUCACCAACAACCUCAAUUUUAGCUUUCCUGAGGAAAAAAUUAUCCCAGAUCGACCAUUUGAAAUUGACUUUAAUGAACUACAAUUGGAAGAAGUGAUUGGCAUUGGAGGGUUUGGUAAAGUUUAUAGAGGUUUAUGGAAAAGAGAAGAGGUUGCUGUCAAAGCAGCCAGACACGACCCUGAUGAACCCGUUAGUGCAACCAUUGAAAGUGUUAGACAAGAAGCCAAAGUGUUUUGGUUGUUAAAUCAUGUUAAUAUUGCUUCUUUAAAAGGAGUGUGCUUGAAAGAACCCAAUUUAUGUCUUGUGAUAGAAUAUGCUGCUGGUGGAUCUUUAAAUCGUGUUUUAUGUGGUCGGAGAAUUCCUCCAGAAAUAUUGGUGCAGUGGGCCAUUCAGAUAGCAAGGGGUAUGCACUAUCUCCACGAAGAAUCUCCAAUACCUUUGGUGCAUCGCGAUCUGAAGUCAAGCAAUAUCUUAUUAAAGGAGAAGAUUGAAAAUGAUAACCUGCAAAACAAAACCCUCAAGAUCACUGACUUUGGCUUGGCACGAGAGGUCUCCAAAACAACCAGGAUGAGUGCAGCAGGGACCUAUGCGUGGAUGGCUCCUGAGGUCAUAAAGACCUCCACCUACUCCAAAAGCAGUGAUGUUUGGAGUUAUGGUGUUGUUCUCUGGGAACUGUUGACAGGAGAGACCCCCUAUAAGGGGAUAGAUGCCCUAGGGGUAGCCUAUGGAGUUGCUGUCAACAAGCUGACCCUCCCUAUUCCUUCCACAUGUCCAGGACUUUUUGCACAACUCAUGUCAGAUUGCUGGCAUCAGGAGUCUCAUCAGAGACCCACUUUCGCAGAAAUCCUUCGCCGGUUGGAUGAAAUUUCAACCUCCCCAUUUAUGACUACCCCUCAAGAAAGUUUCCACACUAUGCAAGAGGACUGGAGGCUGGAAAUUGAGGAAAUGUUCAAUGAGCUUAGGAGUAAAGAAAAGGAACUGAGGAGUAGGGAGGAAGAGCUCACAAAGGAAGCCCUCAAACAGAAGAAGGUGGAGGAAUUCCUGUAUAAAAGAGAACAGGAGUUAAAGGAAAGGGAGAUAGAACUUGUAGAAAGAGAACUUAAUAUCAUGAUUCUUCAGCAAAUCAUGGGCAACCCCAAACCCAGGACCAGGAAGGGGAAGUUUAAAAAGAGCCGCCUUAAACUCCUCAAGUCAGGCGGCUCUUCAAUCAGUGAACCUUCUGAUUUUCGACACAACAUCACAGUGAAGCAUGAAGUUCCUGUAACGAAUCAUAACCCAUCGAGUCCUGACAGCCCACCUCAGUCUCCAACAUACACUCCAUCCAGACUGAGGGCAAUAGCUUAUCCAGCAGAUGGAGUGAAAGGUCGAACAUGGGGACCAAGUUCUGUUAAAAAUGAACGGCACCAAAGAACAUCAGUCAUUUUUGCAGAUGGACGUUGGUCUAAAAGUGCUCCAAACUUAGAACGAUCUCUAAAGAAUUUAGGACAUUCCAAUUCAGGAGCACUUAACUCUCUAUAUGGUGAUGAAAAUGAGUGGCCAACAGAUUUGUCAGAAAUCAAGAAUAGGAACAUUCCAUACUGCAGUGCUGAUUUUUCGCGACUUGUGAAAAAAUCAGAAAGUAAAACAGAGACGGCUUUGUUCAAUAUAACAGCCAUGAUGGUUGGGAUUGUGACCGGUUGUGAUAUUAAAACUCUUGGUCCUCUUGCAUCAAAGGAGGAGGCAAAGAAUCGUAGAAAGCGAGAUUCAUAUGUCAUGAAAGGCAGGGACGCUUACAAUGCAGCAGUGCGUGAUUCUUUUCUAGACAGUGAGGACUAUCUUUCGAGUCAUUUCACUUCUCCUUCAGGGUAUCCACACCAUACGUACCAUGGCUAUCAAGUUCGUCAUAGACCUGCUUUAAAUUUGGAUGUGCCAAUAAGAUUUACUGAGGAACAGAAUAUUCCAAAUUAUUCUCAGACUUCUUCUACUUUUCAAUCUACAAGUACAAUAGAUUCGGAUGUAACAGUUCAACGGAGAUCACUAUAUGAUAGCAAUGCCAGCACACUAGUGUCAAGCUCCCUAAGUCACACCACACUGAAAAGACAGUCAUCUGACAGCAGUACCAGUAAUUAUGAUACCCCACGUACCUCCCGAAACCUGCAAAGACACUCUGUCACUUUUGAAGAUGAGUACCCUAGCAACUACAAAUCAUACAACACUCAGAACAAACAGUCUCCCCCAAAUACCUCAAAUUUCUAUUUGGAUUCUGACUCCCAAAGUCAUCUCAUCCAGCCAGAGAUCAAUAACCCCUGGGGUAAUGGAGCCCCGCCAAGGCCUCCACCAUAUGUCAGUGAUGUACCACCCCCUGUUGUGCCUAGGGACUACCAUUCCAGGCAGCAGGAGGAUUCAGAACCACCUCCCCCCAUACCCCCGAGGAGGAAAUUUAUCAAUCUAAAUGGGGAUACCCAUGCAGAGAGACCAAAGACUCUGGACAUUGGGCCCCGUAACAGACCUCGCCUUCCACCUCCUCCCCCAAUCCCCACCCCACAACAAAAUGACUCUCAAGACUCCCCCUCUCACUGGUUAGAAAAAAGUGAAAGUUUAGACACGCCUUAUUAUUCCACCCGGUCAAGUUUAUCCCCAGGGCAUACACCCCCUCAUAUCACCCACCACACCACCCUCCUGGACAUUGAUGUGGAUGGACAGAGCACUGAUAGCACAAGGCCUCUUUUACGACAAAAUGCAAAACAUAUCUUUGAAUUUGGUCAGGAAAUGUUGUAUUAAUUUUUAUUUUAUCAGGACACAAAAAUUAUGAAGAUAAGGAUUUUUUUUUUCCAUUAAAGCAAUAAAAAGACAACCAUUUCAACCAGAAUCUAAAAAGUGAGAAAGAAAAAAAUUUUCUUCUACAGUAUUUUAAUAUUAUGUACAUUUAUUGAGAGAAUGUGUAAGGUAAAUGUGCUUUAUUUAAGUAAAGCAUUUACGUGCAUUAUGAAAAAAAUCACUCAAAUGAGUGUAAGAGUAUGUUCAGAAUAUUUAGAAUUUAGAAAUAUUUUGUCUCUGUUGUACAUUUCUAUUUUGUAAAUAUAAAAUAGUUUAAAAUAUGAUAUUUUUACCUGUUUUAUUUAUCAAAAGUGUGUAUUCAUCUUCCAUUUUGUUGUGUUUUGUUUACAGAAAGUUUUAUACCCAUGAAGUUAUAUAUAUCCAGUAUGUGUAGAGGUGUAGAAUCUAUUGUGAAAUGUGAUACAUAUUUAAAAUCCAAAGUACAUGUAUAAAUAAACAUUGUAUAGAAUUGUCUGAUGCAUAGAUAUUACAUGUAGGUAAGAAUUUAUUUCAUAUCAAAUUGACGAUAUCAGUUCCAUAGGCAAAAUUGAUUUAAAAUGCCAAUCAUAUAGAGUAUUUUAAAAAGGAAAACAUUUUCUUUUAAAGAAAAUAUUUGGUGAAUUAUCCAUACUAUUGUGCCAUGGAAAAUUUUACGAUAUUUUUUACAUUUUAUAUCAGAAGUUUGUGUUUAAACUUACAAAUCUCUUGGUUAUAGGUAGGAUUUUUUUUUUAUAAACAUGGAUUUUUAUAAGGUUGAAUAUUAGCAUGUCUUUGGAGGAGACAAAAAGCCAUAUUUUUGAAAUGUGCCUGUGUUUUUGGAGAAAAAGACUCAUCUUUAUUUAGUAAAACCAUUAAGAUCAUUAUAUGCAAACUUGAAAUACGCAGAUAUGCCAAAAAUAUAUUCUCAGACUACGUAAGCAUCUGGUAAUGUUGAAAAGCAAUAUUUCCUUUUUCAUCAGAAUGUUUGAAUGUAACUGUGAGGUUGAAAUACAAAACUUGAAGUUAAAAAAAUGGGUAGAGUAUACGUAUAGGGUAUAGGAUAAAAGAGUGAGACGAAAUGUCUAAUAUCAUGAUCAUAUUUCUCAAUAAUGAAGUGCUAUAUUUCUUAAAAUUUUAUUUCAAAGAGUGGAAAAUGGGAAAAAACAUUUUAUUUCAUGAAGAUGUAUGAAGAUACUUUGUUUAAGUAAUGUAUAAAUUUUUCUCAUGGUGAUUUUCAUUUUUCUGAACAAAAUCUGUUUUUGCUCCAUUUCAAAGCUAAAGAUUUUCUUUCCCUUCUGUGAAUACAUAGAUUAAUUUCACUAUUUUAUCAUUUUCAUUGCCAUAAAUAUAGGAAAAAAUAAAACCACAAGGAAAAAUGAGACAUUUCAGUAAAAAAAAAACCAAAUUGGUUAGUUUCUUUUUAGCUUGUAAUUAGGUGUAAUGUAAUGACUGUAUAAAAGUUUAAAGUAAACCCCUUUAUCAGCAGAUUUUUUUUUACGUUACCUGCCCCUGUGCUGUAUAUAGGGUUAUUUUCGCCCCUUGUUACGUUCAUCCUAUCGCACUCGUAAACGAUUUUGCCCCAUUAUAAAUUCACCCACACACGGGUUUUCUAAAAUGAUGGCUCUUUUAAAGUCACCACUUGUGACUGGGGCAAAAGGGCGAAAAUAAAAAGGGGACGAAGUUUUCCCUGUAUACAGUAGAUGCAAACAGAAUUUAACAUUGACCCUGCAUGUGAUGGAAUCUCUUCAGUUUUCUUUUGUAUAUAAUGGUUAAUAGAUCAUUGUUGAAGAUGUAUAUAUAUUUAUCAUUCUAUAGUUGUUGAAAAAUUACCAUCAGACAUUUUGUAUGGAAAAGAAACUGCUGUGGAUAGGUCCGUCAGAUUUACCUGCUCUUCUCAUUAUACGAUAAAAAUGCUUUUAUAGGAUGUUGAAAGGCCACAAUAUUCUGCCUACAACAUACAUGUUCACAUUGAAAAAAAAAUGAUAUUGAACUUGAAUCUUAAAUCAUACCAUGUUCAUAAAGAAAGAAAAACAAUUUUGAGGGAUUUUUAAAUGUUUGUUGUAAGAUGGUAUUCAGUAUUCAGGCCAGUUAUGUGUAGUAGUGUGAAUAAUUUUGCACUCAGUGUAAAUUUAUUACAAAGAGCAUGUUUAAUUGAUACACCACCUGGUAAUGCUAGGAUUAGUGGAUACAUUAUGUUGCAUUGUUGAUUGAUUUUUCUGUUUUACAAAUCUACUCUGUUUUAUGAUUCAUCAAAUCUGUGCAACCACUGUGAUGUAUCAUCUUAAAUAAGUUGGCAAUAUAUGUCAUUUUCUUUUGUAGAAAAUAAUAUGCAUAGACUCCAUAUUGUUCAAAUCUUUCUUUCUCUUUGUAAAUUAUAUUCAUUAUCUACCAAUAUGUUUGUAUCAGGACAGUUCCAGAUGAGAGAUUUGUUUUUCUCUGCUCAGAGUUUCUAAAUGUCAACCAUUGUCUGAUAAACAUGAGUACAGAUAAUUCAUACAAAGUAAGAAAAAAACAUUUUACUUAGCAUCUUAAUUUAAUUUUCUUUUUUUUUUUUGAAUAGUAAAUUGUUUUGAAUGGCUAUUGGCUAUUGAAAGAAAAAUAACUAUGUAGAAAAAUUAUAUGUGAAAUCAGUUUAUGUCUGUAUACAUCAAAUUUACCUUGCUUUAGGAUUUUAAUGAAGAAAACUAACAAUAUCAGGGCUAGAUUUCAUGUGCAGAGCAUGCACAGGGCAUUUAAUGACUACCUCGUUUAUAAAGUUCACUCUUUUUGUCAGACAUGUGAAAUCAGAAACUUAGAAAUUAUAGUGCUGAAUAAAAAAUUGAUGAAGAUUGAAUUCCAAAUGGAACUUAUCCUGCAAUCAAAAGAUUGGUAGCUAUAUAACUGCAUCUUGUCAGACCAAAUCAAUGAAGAAUAUAAUAUAGUUUGUCUCAAAACUUGAACAACGUAUUGUAUAAUAUAUGAUACAUUAUAUAUUUGAAAAGUAAAAAAAAAAUGAUAUGCAAAACGUA